AUGGGCGCCUUCCAGCCUAGCAACUCGGCCGAGACGGGCUUCGCCGUCAGGGGCUUCGACCACCUCCGCUCGCACAGGUCCAAGAGCGGCGUCAACUACCCGUCCGGCUGCAUCAUCCAUGGCAAGCACUCUGACACGCUUUUCUUGCAGCCCCUACGCGGCCUCAUCUCCAGCAACGCUGCUGGCUGGCUCAAGGUCGGCCACGUCGGCGAGUCUAUCCAGUUCCUGCCCUACGACAACGAUCUCGGCUCCUUCCUCCCUAACUCCGUCAACGGCGUCAUCUUUGACUACGAGUAUGUCGGCCCCAACCCCUUUGGCUCCUCCAUCGACGGUGAGGACGUCUUCGCUGACGCCAUCAGGAAGGCCCACGCCAAGGCCGGCGUGAAUGCCACUUUCGUCGAUGACUUAUUCAGCCACCACUCGGAGGAGGGUGAGAUCCACUGCGGUUCGAACAUGCCGAGGCAGACGGACAUUCCCUGGUGGAAACAAUGGUCCCCAGCAUCUCACUCACUCAGCCAUGCUUACAUGCACUGA